AAACUGUUUUUGGGAUUCAGACGGAUGAACGUUUGUGUGACAGUGCAGGGCAGGCUUAAGUAGGGUCAGAGGGAGGUACUUAAAUGCUAAGCUGCGGAGCGGGGGGAGUCUAUUUAAAGGACGCCAGCCCUCUCUUGAAUGAUUCAACAACAGUGAGCGUGCCCCUCCCCCAUGCCUCAUCAAGAUCAGCUGGAGGAAGUGGUGGCUCGGCCAAUGGGAUUACAGUAGCGGAUUGACUUUGCGUGUGUGUGUUUGUGUGUGUAUGUUCCUGCAGCUGAGAGGGAGAGCGAGCCUGGACAAGUAGCAGCAGCAGCAGCAGCAGCAGCAGUAGCAGCUCUAUCUGUGUGUGUCUGUGUGUGUGUGUGUCUGUGUGUGUGAAGAAAAUGUAGGGCAGCCACUUGUUCUCCCUCUCUCCCUCUGCUGUCUCUCUCCCUAUCUUUUCCCCUGUCUGUCUUUGUUUCUGUGCUGCCGUAGUCAUAGUCGCUACGGCGACAGCUGAUAUUGUUGUCGUGGCUCCACUUCCGUAUUUGCAGAGGCUCGGCUCGCUGUCUCUCUCUCGGCUCCUCUCUCCGUCUCGGCUCACCUCAAGGAUUUACAGAGGGGGCAUGUAACCCACUCCACCCCCCCCGAGCAACUAUUGUCUGCGUGAGGGUGUGUGAGUGUGUGACUGUCUGUGUGUGUGUGUGACGGAGAGGUGAGGUGGCUCCAGGAUCCAAACAUGAAUCCCUGCUGGAAAAUGAAGAUUCAGAAUGAAAAGCCGCUGGGUCAUUCGGCUAGCCGGUCCAGCAAUAUAUCAAAGGCGGGAAGCCCGACUUCAGUCAACGCUCCAUGCAGUUUCUCGAGGACGUCCGUUUCCCCCUCCAGUCAGGACAUCUGCAGCCGUCUGGAACAGGACACUCAGAAGCAGACUGCCGUGGUUCUUUUGAAUUGUAACGGUAAAACCAGUCGAGGUGCUGGUUCGGAAGGUAUUUCCGUGACCACCGUCUGCGCUGAAGCCCUAGCAGCUUCCAAACACUCCAAACAGCGAGACUGGCUCUCUCUGCUCCGCCCGUCGUCCGCGUCCGUCAACAGCAGCUCGCUCAGGUUUUCGGCGUCGCUGAACGACGUGGGCCAGCGCGUGGACAGCCUCUGCCGCGGCCUGCAGUUCAUAGACCGCACGUGUUCUGAGGGAGAGCUGGCGAUGACGCCAGGGCCCGCCGAGCCUCCUGGUUCGGCCCGAAAGGCGCACGCGCUCAACGGCAAGCUGGCCGCGGCUCCCACACACCAGACGCCAAGUCUGGCCUCCUCAACACGCACCCACCCGCACCUCGUCCCCUCCUUCACCAACAACUACAAAUACAUGCUGGGCAUCCCUUCCGCCAACGGCUUUCCGUCCGACCCUGCCGCCAUCGCCGCUCCCACCCCUCUUUCCAACACCCACCUCCACCCGCAUCUCUCCCCGAACUCCAACUUCCUCCGUCUGCUCCUUCCCUUCUCUCGAUCCUCGACGUGCUCUGAGCUGGGCAGCUACGCUUCCCACCUCUACAUCACCAAGUCCUCUAGCGCCCUCCUGGAAGGCAGUGAGCCGGGGUUCGCCCCCGAGGAUCUAUUGGGAGAUGAUGACGUGUUUGAGGAGGACCAGCCCAGUCCGACUCCAAAGGGAAAGGGCCACCUGGCAGAAUCAGUCACCGUGACUGGUCUGGGUGCUCUCCUUGCCCCGCUGUGCUAUAUGGAUGAGGACAGCGACUUGGACCGCUGCCCGUCCCCUUUUUCUGAGAAAACGGGGCCGCUGUCGCCCUAUUCGCUAUCUGGGGACUGCUGCAGGAUUUGUCACUGUGAAGGCGACGACGACAGCCCUCUGAUAACACCGUGCCACUGCACGGGUAGCCUUCGCUUCGUCCACCAGGGCUGCCUGCAGCAGUGGAUCAAGAGCUCGGACACCCGCUGCUGUGAGCUCUGCAAAUACGAGUUCAUCAUGGAGACCAAGCUCAAACCACUGCGCAAGUGGGAGAAGCUACAGAUGACGGCGAGCGAGAGGAGGAAGAUCAUGUGCUCCGUCACCUUCCACGUCAUCGCCAUCACCUGCGUGGUGUGGUCGCUCUACGUUCUCAUCGACAGAACAGCGGAUGAAAUCAGAUCCGCCGGAAGAAUCCCAGGAAUCCUGGAAUGGCCUUUCUGGACCAAGCUGGUGGUGGUGGCCAUCGGCUUUACAGGUGGACUAGUUUUCAUGUACGUCCAGUGCAAAGUCUACAUCCAUCUAUGGAGGAGACUCAAGGCUUACAACCGGGUCAUAUACGUUCAGAACCGGCCAGAGACUUGUAAAAAGCAGAUGCUGGAGAAGCCGCCCCUUAUGGAGCCCAGCCUGGAGAACAAGGAGGCCCUGGCGCCCACCCAGUCGGACACAAACUCCUCCCAGUACACAGAGACAGAGGACUACAGUAUGGAGGUGCUCCAUGUCUGACGAUUGAGUUUGUACCAUCGGCUGUCCCGCUCCUACUACACGCAGACACAAACAGGCCGGCAGGUGAAGAGCAGCAGUCAUGGAAAAGUCGAGGAUGACUGAGGAACCACCAGACAUUUGCCUUCCUCUGAUCCCAGGCCGCUGACCCGCUGUCCUCCGGCCAUCUUAUAUUCUCCAAACUCCAUCCACAAAGACGGAUCCUAUCUUCUUCUGUCUUCUAUCGUACCCGGCUCCUCCCAUAUUUUCUUUCCCAGGACUGGACGGUUUAUACUGACUUCUGUAAAUGUCGGAAGAGGCCUGGAGCAUAAAACACAAACACACACUUGUAUGUACACCUCUGGGAGAGCAGGACUGAGACAAAUGGACUCACAAAGAGGUCUGGAGGUCUUCAUGUCUCUGAUGCGUGGUUUGUUUGAUUGUGGGUUUGUUGGAUUUGUUCGUUUUUACCUCCUGCGGGUCUCUGGCCGACCUGCCGGGGAUCAGUAUGUAGCGCCGUGCAUCGGACCUCUGGAACAUUCCAGCUACUGCCAUCUCUUUCGCUGUGGUCUGUCAGCUCCGCGCUGGCCUGGAUCCAACCAGGCCCUGAUCUGGACAUGCAUCGAAGCACUUUUAUUUUUUAGUUCCCACAACAUAUCCCUUCUUUUCCUCUAGUUCUUUUUUUUUUUUUUUUUUCUUGUGUUGUUGUACACAGGGGAGACCACACUCAAACUUUUCCUCAAAUGCACAUAUACUUACAGAUGAUGAACCCUCCUGUGGAUGACAAAAAUGGAAUCGGGGUUAAAAGAUUUGGAAACCUGCUGAAAGAAAAGGAGUCUCGUGACUCUGAUGCAGAUAUUGAGGAGGCCACGUGACUUCUCUACCCCAACAUGAACUUUCUGAAGGCUUUGAGAAUGUAAACUUUUUAAAAAAAAAUGAACAAAAAAAAGAAAUAAAUAAAAUGUAAAAAAAAAAAAAAAAAAA